UAUGUACGGACCUGUUUCCAGUUUUCCUUUUCAAUGGGUAAAAGGAAUAACAAGUCCGAGGUAAUUUGAUGGUAGCAAAUGACACUCAGACACUCGAUCUCACUCGUUGGGAAGAACCGGAGCGGAAUCGCUAGAUUCCAAGCCACAACAUUAGGACGCCCGCAAGGUUUUCGAUCAAAUGCCGCACUGGAAUCACUCACUAAAGCUCGCGAAGAACGUACCCAAAACUUAGUUCUCUACAACUAUCCUUCUUUUUCCGGAGCAUUCUCAGCUCUAUUUGCUCACCUUCUUCAUCGCCACCUCAAUAUCCCAUGCCUCAUCUUGCCCUUCUCAUCCGUCGAACCUUUCAGGGUUGAAGAUUUGUGUAUUGAUGGAGUUGAGAAAUAUUACUUUCUUGAUUUUCUUGGCCCAAAAGGGUUUGCAGCUGAGCUUUCACGGCGGACAUCAUGCCAGGUGAUAGGAUUUGAUCACCGAAAGUCCACACUGUCUGAUAUCCAUUUGUAUGAGGAUCAUAACAGCAAUCUUACAUACCAUGUCAAUUUGGAGAAGAGCAGUUCCUCUGCUGUAUAUGACUAUUUCUGUGCCAAGCUAUCAGAAACGAGGUCUAAUAAUGGACAUACUGCAAAUCUAUUAAACAGUGAAGAUCAAGAAAGAGUGGAAAUGGUCCUUAAAUACAUUGAGGAUGGAGAUCUUCGAAGGUGGAGCUUGCCAGAUAUCAAAGAAUUCAAUAUUGGACUCUCCAUUUGGCGUUCAAAGUUGAAUUGCAUCACAAAUCCACAUAUGUUUGAACAGUUAAUGAAGAUUAACGUGAUGAAUUUAGUUGCACAUGGAAGUGCUACCAUAGCUGAUCAAGAGAGUUUAUCAUCUAAAUUUCUGGAAAAGAAACUCAGCAUAAAAAGUGAAGCAGCUGGUUUGAGGCCUAUUGGAGCAGUUGUUUACAUGCAAGGGAAAAAUCUUAAAAUGUGUCUGCGAAGUAAAGAUAGCUCCACUGAUACAUCUGUGAUUGCAAAGGUAUAUGGUGGAGGAGGUUCUCCUAGUUCAAGCUCAUUUAUAAUUCGGAUGGAUGAGUAUAAUGUAUGGGUUUGUAGUGCAAUUUCUGAGAAUAAUAAUUGAAGGUAUGAAUCAUCAUUUUGUGUGUAUUGUUAUUUGUUGUAUUGGAUGUCAGCAGUUUAUAGUUUUAUACAGAUCAUAUGUUAUGCAAAUUUAGCAUGGUUGCUUUAAAACUUGGUG